AUCAUUAAAAAUUCAUACUUUUACUAAAUUUACAGUGGAUGAGUAUGCCACCAAAAUCAUAUGUGUGUUACGUCCCACCUUUUACCGUAUGAAUAAGAAGAACAGCGAACGCACAAAAAACUCCUGUAUGUCUUGAGCAACGCUCUCGAUUAGUAUAGAUUCCUGGCAGUUUUUUUGUUAUUUUUUUUAUACUACAGGAAAUAUACUAUUUAUUUUUUUUAACGACUAGGAUUAUAAAUUAUAUAAUAGUAUUUAAUUAUAAGCAUUAUGCGGGGCCUAAUAUUUAUUUUUUUAACAAGUUUAUCACUGGCAGUGUCAUCAGAUGUUGAAAAAAAAGAAACAUUUUUUGAUUGUUUAAGUGUAGAUUUACCGGUAGAAUGCGUGGUGCAAAUUGCUAAAACACAAUUUAAUGGAACUAACAUUGAAGAUAUUGGAAAAAAAUAUAUUGGUAAUUUUAAUGAAAUUGUGAAAGAAGUAGUUGAUGGUGCAAAAUCAUUUUUAACAGAUGAUACUACAGGAGAAACUGAAGUUCAAGAUGAAUCGAGAAAGCACAAAUUUGGAAAAAAAAAGAAAAAAAUGUUGGCAAAAUUAAUGCCAAUUUUUAUGCUUGUGAAAGCAAAAUUAUCAUUAUUACUUCAGAUGAUAUCAACCCACUUUCAAAUUAAAUUCUUUAAAAUUGCUGUAAUUAGUUUAAUUGUUAAUAUUGCAAGAUUUUGGAUUGAUUUAAAAAAAAGUCAUCAGCCAGAUAAAAUAGUAUACUAUGAACAUGCACAUCAUCAACAUCAUUAUGAUCCUGAGGAUCAUGGAGAUUAUUGGAGAAGAUCAACUGACAAUGAAUAUGACAACAAUCUUGCAUACAAUCCAUACAAUGGAUGGGCACCAAGUGAAGAUCAAAUUAACUAACAACUUUUUUUAUUUAUACAAAAAAAGAAAAACUAAUUUAUUUAUUAUUUGAUAUUGUUCAUGUUUCAUUUUAUCGUUUAAAUUAUAUCAUCACUAUUUUUAAUUAUAUAUACUUGAAAUAUAAUUUGUAUAUAUAUUGGUUGCUUUACUUUUAUUUUUUUUUUUUCAUUUUUUUAGUUAAUUAUUAUUAUUUUAUUAUAAUUAAUUUCAACUACCAAAGUACAUCAAUUAUAUUUCAGACAUUAGACUCAUAAGUAGGUCAAAUUUGACCAAAUGGCAAAUAGCCAUAAUAAUUAAGUAAAAUAAUGAAUGAUAUUUUUAAUAACAAAUCAUAUUAUUUUUUUUUUUUUUGUGUUGCAUAUACUUUAAAAUAUGAAAAAAUGUUAAAUCAUUUUUUUUUUCAAUUUUUUUGAGAUCAGAAUUUAAAAGUCCCUGUGUAUCAUUAUUAAAUAUUGAUAAUUUUGAGCUUUGAUA